AUGCUGAAUUUGAUGAAACCUGAUUACAUUGCAUUGAACAGAUUCAAUCGAAUGUAUGGGAGCUAUUGCGAAAUCCCAGACACGUCAGUGUUCUCUCAAAAGACAUGUGACAUUGAGAACUCCACUUUGGCUGGAUUAGACUCGGGAUGUGUGCAAUUGCGUGGGGAUGUGAAAAUUGAAGAAGGAGAUGAAGAGUAUGUGAAAAAGCUGGAAUCGGUUGAGACCAUAUUUGGAGCGCUGAUUGUCAGGGGGACCAACUUGACGAAUCUUCAGUUUCUGAGUAAACUGAAAAACAUAAUGUCCUUUGCUAAAGAAGAUCCUGCAGUGUUAGUUGAAUUCAACCCUUUGCUUACCAACGUUUCGCUUCCAAGUUUCAAGCGCUAUCUAUCAAAUGCUCAUAACCCAAUACUAUUCAAUAACAACAGUGCAGAAUUGUUGAAGAAUCCCGAUCACUGCUACAGUGUGAGAAAUGGGGUCACGACAGAGAUGACGUGGAUUGCGAAGUUCGAUGGAAAAGUUUGUGAAGACAUCGAGCGUGUUGCUGCUUCUCCUGCAGCUCAAGACAAGUCCGCAAUAACUUGCGGAUCGAAGUUUUUUUCAUUGUUGCUGAUGUUGAUUUUGUUCAUGUCAAAGUGCUGA